GCUCUGCUAAAAAAAAAGAGCGACCGACCACGCCCCUCUAUUGAUCAGAUGCAGAUAUACACCGCGCCGUUACUGUUCACAAAGACAAACUGGAACUAAAGAGCCUGUCGUAAAUAAUCAACAAAAUUACGAAAAUGUCGGAGGCAUUCAACAAAGCUGCUGAGGAGGUGAAAAACCUUGUUAACAAACCGACCGACGAAGAAAUGCUUAAAGUCUAUUCUCUCUAUAAGCAGGUUACAGUAGGAGACUGCAAUACAGCUUGUCCAGGUUUCAUGGAUUUUAAGGGGAAGGCUAAAUGGAAUGCCUGGAACGGCAUAAAAGGCAAAUCCAAAGAAGAUGCUGAGACGGAAUAUAUAGCUCUAGUGGAAGGACUAAAAACAACAUAUGGCACCAAGUAGAUAUAACGGAUUACAUUAAAGUAUUGUGUUUCUGUUUUGUAAUGAAUCCUGAAUAAUGUGCAAAUAGAAGUAAAGAUUUUCAAAAGAGCUUUGGUAUCAAAUAAGAGAGAAUUGAUGGAACAUUUGGAGGGAGAACUUUAACGAGACCUUAUGAGGAUCGAUCAACAGUUACGGGGUAGAUUGAAACUUGUCUUGGUAUCACUCAAAGGGACUGAUUUGAAAUUAUUUCUCAAUUGGCGUGUUGCUAUAGAGAAUCGUUUGAAAAUGGUUUAUCUUUUCCGGAAUCGAAAAACCGUAUCGCCCUUAAACAAACCUGUGUCUUCAGAGUGAAUAAUCUGAUUAUUAACUCGCAUUGUGCGUCGCAGAACACAAUAACCGUCUCCCAGAGGUGGUUUAAUAUGAGAAACCGUAUGCGCCUGUUUCAACAGGGAAGUUUUCCGGAAUAUUGGAUAAUACCGUUUAACAAGUCUCUGUAGAAACAUGCCGAAUAACACAUGAAUAGAAAGAAUAUAUCUUCGUGGAACAAAAAUUCAAGAAAGAUGUACAUGUCUAAUUGAAUGGAAUAGAUAGCACAGUACCAAGUAUAGUAUUAUUCAUAGUUUUCCAGUUUAUGUAGGAUGAUUUCUGAUUUAUAAGGAAUAAUUAUAUUUAUAAUGAAUGUGACCUUUUCUGUUUAUGCGUAUGUAUAAAUUUUGUUAUUUGUAACUUGGGUUGUCUAGUUUUAUACAAAAUUUUCAAGAUGUUUUCUGUGUCAUUUAUCCAGAAUUUUGAUGAUACUGCCUUUUGCAUUUGAGAGUACAAAUUUAUUUUAGCUGUUUAUUUGGGACCAAUGCCUGGAAUAAUUCAUUUGAUUCAGAGGAAAUAUAUAUCACAAGGUGUAUUAUUUCUUUGUUUUCAUUCAAUUUAAGAAAAUGUAUAAUUGAUUGAUAUGAAAAUAUCAUAGAAUAUGAAGGGAGUUCACUUUGUUCUAUGCGCACUGCAUGUACAUAUUUUACCCAGAAGUUUAUACCAUAUUUUCCAAUGGAAAAAAAGUACAUGUUAUGCUGCAUGUAGAAUGAACAAAUUUGUGAUACGUUCUGUGACCUGGAAAUCAAGAGAUGAGAGUUUGGGGAUUGAAUUUGAAAAUAUGUAAGGUUUAGGAAGAAAUGACAUUGAUUCGUAACUCAGUACAGGAAAUGUUAACAUUAAGGUGAAUUGCAGUGAACUUAUAUUUGCACUGUGUAAAGGUUAUAUAAUAUAUAUCAAUAAUCAAAUGUACCUCCUUUUACCAAAACUUUAUGAAGGAUAACAUCAUCUAAAAGUUCAUUCCAUUUGGGAAGGAGAAAUUCUAACAUUUCUUUGUGUAUCACAUGUAUUCAUUGAACACUAGGCAUUCUAUUCUGAUUUUAAAAGUUGUGGCUUAACUAUGGAUAGCCAAACUCGACAUAAAUCUCUUAAGGCCACCGCACACCUUACGACCCGACUGGUCUACGACUGGCUUGCGACUGAGCUGAGAGGGGGAGAUGUGACGUCACAGAUCUUGUCAGCUUGAUAGUUGCAGACCGGUCAGAGACAAGUCGCAAGGAAAAUUGGAAGGAUUUGACAUGUCGAAUCCUUAUGACGGGAUCGCAAGCUCAAUCCAACUUCAAAGCAAAAGCGCAUGCGUGAGUCGCAGACAGCGUGGUAGUCGUAUCGCAAGGUGUGCGGUGUCGAGGCUUAUGACCACCUUGCGAUUCAUCUCCCCUCACUCAGUCGCAAGCCAGUCGCAGACCAGUCGGGUCGUAAGGUGUACGGUCGCCUUUAGAGUAGUUAGCCAUUUGCUCAUAAAUCUUUAAUGACUGAGAAGUACAACUGGAAGAGUCUUAUGCAGUAUUCAAGCAUGUGGAACCAGAGAAAACUUGGGAAAGUAAUUAAAUCACAACUAAUUUCUGGCAAUUUGGCUUUCCAUAAUUUAAGCACAGAUCAGCUUCAUGGGUAUAGAUUGUACUGUAGAUGUUGCAUAUUCAGGGUUGUUGGCACCUAUAUAUAUGUAGCACAUAAACUACCACUCAAAAUAUAGAGAGAUAUAAAAAAAAUCACUAUAAAAUCUACUGAAUUGGUUCCAAAAGGUACUUAAUCAAUUUCUAUUGGUUGAGAAAGAAGCAACUUUGUUUUAUCUUUAUUAUAUUAAACACUAUUGCUGGUUAUUGAACAGACUAUCAUGGAGUGCAUUACGUCAUAGUUGCUUUCAUAAUUGUAUGUAUAUUGUUCAAACACAAGAACCCAGUGGACAAGUCUCCUGACUUUAAAACGGGGUCGUGGGUUCAUAUCCUAGCCAUAGAAUACAUUAUAUCAGUAACAAAUCGAUCCCAUUGUGCUGCACUCAACCCUGGUGAGGUGAAAGGGUACCUGGAAUUAAUUCCUUGAAAUGCUGUGUGUGCUUAGGCCACCAAGCUUAAAGCCAGGGUAAUAAUAUUCAAGAUCUUUGAAAGCACAUAGAGACGUUAAUCAUAAUGUGAUACAUGCUAUACAUAUUAUUAUGAUCACUAUUAUUUUACCUGAAUAUAGUGAGUUAAAUUGUGAUAUAUCAAAUACACAAUAAUUCAGUUUUCAUCAAAAUUUGAUAUAGUGCCUUUCAACAACAAGGACUUUUAUGGGGUUUAUAUCUGAAAUUUUGAAAAGACAAGCAUCAGUAACAAUCGUGCAAUUUAAAUAAAAUUUACUUAUUUUCUUUGCUUUUUAACAAUGUACAUGAGAAGACGGUCCCUUGCAGGGUUUUCUAUUGAUAAUCAUGGUUUAUACUAGACACAGUCCAGACAUAUGCUAUCAGGAAUUCUGAUUUUAUUUUAUCACAACUCUUUUCUUUUUCACUUUGACGCUGAAGUGAUAGAUGUAAAUCUGAAAUUCCUUUCAGAGUCGAAUAUGAGAGAGGGACAAAAUUGGAAUGUUAUCCUUAUCAAGUUUUAUGCAUGAUUUGAAAAUUAUGAUGAGGUAAUAAUAGUCCUAAUUGGAAAACCAAAUAUAUUGUUAAUAUGAAGGGGAUCAAAUAUGGAAUGUCAUCUCUAGCAAUCAAUUUGUAUGUUUGGUUUGAUGAUUGCAAUUCAUUGUUCAUGUGAUAUUCAUCAAAACGUGAAAACGUGAUUGAAAAUAUAAUUUCGUGUAAAUUGCACAAAUAAUAAUUCAAACUUAUUCGAUUGCAUGAAUUUA